AUUAUUAUUAUUAUUAUUAUUAUUAUGAUGAUGAUGAUGAAUGCAGUUGCCAUGCGGUACCAGAAUUUGCCUUUACUGGCAGCGACCAACCAACCAGCGCCUGGUGAUACCCAAAUUCAUAGUUGAUUCCUGCCUUGGAGACCGGAGCUCCAAUACGGGAUGGGCGAGCGUGCCGAGUUUCACCCCGGGCACCAGCAGCAACUCAGUGUGGGGCUGCGGGACCCCCCGACUCAAGAGGACCCCUGUCUCAUCCAGCCAUAGGGCGACAGCCGCCUACCGAGCACGCACACCCCAGACUGAGCACACAGUGACCACCUCCUCCUCUGUGUCAUCGGCCACGGUUGCCUCGGUGAUCGUGGCGGUGGUGGAGGGCCGUGGUCUGGCCCGGGGUGAGAUCGGCAUUGCCAGCAUUGACCUCAGGUGUCCUGAGCUAAUACUGUCCCAGUUCCCAGACACAGGAACAUACGCCAAGGUUGUGACAAAGCUCCACAUCCUCACCCCUUUGGAAAUAUUAAUGCCGGACACAGCCAGCGAUAAGGGCAAAGGGACGAAGCUGUUCGGUCUGAUUACAGAGAACUUCAGGAACGUGGCUUUCACUGCAGUACAGAGAAAGUACUUCAAUGAACGAAAAGGUCUGGAAUACAUUCAGCAGCUGUGCGCUCCAGAGUUCAGCACUGUGCUCAUGGAGGUCCAGGCUAAAUACUACUGUCUGGCUGCUGCAGCAGCUCUGCUGAAGUACUUUGAGUUUAUCCAGAACUCUGUUUACGCCCCCAAAUCCCUGAAAGUGAGUUUCCGAGGCAGCGAGCAGACAGCCAUGAUAGACUCCACAUCCGCUAAGAACCUGGAGCUGGUGCUGAACAACAGAGACCCCAGGAGCGACCACACGCUGCUGGGUGUGCUGAACUACACCAAGACCCCCGGGGGCAGCCGCAGACUGCGCUCCAACGUGCUGGAGCCCCUCCUGGACACCGACACCAUCAACACGCGGCUGGACUCCGUGCAGGAGCUACUGCAGGACGAGGAGCUGUUCUUCGGCUUAAAGGGGGCAAUUGCACGCUUUCUGGAUAUUGACCAGCUGCUGUCAGUCCUGGUGCAGAUCCCCAAGCAGGAAACGGUUCAGUUGGCUGAAGCAAAGAUAAUGCAUGUGAUUAACCUGAAGCACACUCUGGAGCUGGUGCCGCCUUUAAAGGCUGUGCUGACGAACUGCCAGACUCCUCUGCUGAAAGCGUACUGCAGCUCCCUAGAAGAUAACAGGUUUGCGAUCAUCCUAGAGCAGAUAAAAACCGUAAUCAACGAUGACACCAGCUACACGAAGGGGAGCCUGAACAUGCGGACGCAGAAAUGUUACGCAGUGCGGCCCAACAUCAAUGAGUUCCUGGACAUUGCUCGCCGCGCCUACACUGAGAUUGUAGACGACAUUGCGGGGAUGGUCACACAGUUGGGAGAGAAGUUUGAGCUGCCUCUGCGGACCAGUUUCAGCACAGCUCGCGGGUUCUUUAUCCAGAUGAAGACGGAUGGGGUGGUCUUACCUGACGGGCAGCUUCCAUCAGAUUUCAUGAAGGUCACCAAAUGCAGGAAUAACUACAGCUUCACUACCGCAGACAUGAUUAAAAUGAACGACAGAUGUGAAGAGGCUUUGAGUGAGAUUUUCCACAUGUCCUACGUGGUGGUGUGUCAGCUGCUCAGCUCCAUCCACGAGUACGUGCACUGCCUGUACAAGCUGUCCGACGCCGUGUCCAUGCUAGACAUGCUACUGUCCCUGGCAAACGCCUGCACCGUCUCCGAUUACGUUCGCCCCGAAUUCACUGACACGUUGGCCAUCAAGCAGGGCAGACACCCCAUCCUGGAGAGGAUUUCAGGGCAGCAGCCCAUCUCCAACAGCAGCUAUAUCUCCGAGGGGAGCAACUUCAUCCUCAUCACAGGGCCCAACAUGAGCGGCAAGUCCACCUACCUCAAACAGGUGGCGCUGUGUCAGGUCAUGGCUCAGAUAGGGUCUUUUGUACCUGCAGAGUAUGCCUCUUUUCGAAUCGCAGACCAGAUUUUCACCAGGAUUGGGGUGGAUGAUGACUUUGAAACAAACUCCUCGACUUUCAUGGUGGAAAUGAAAGAGAUAAGCUAUAUCAUCCACAACGCGAGUGACCGGUCUCUCAUCAUUAUAGACGAGCUGGGGAGAGGCACCAGUGCGGAGGAGGGGAUUGGCAUCUGUCAUGCAGUCUGUGAAUUUCUACUCAAUUUCAGGGCCUUCACUCUGUUUGCCACGCACUUCCUGGAGCUGUGCCAGCUAGAGGCACUGUACCCCAACGUGGAGAACCACCACAUGGGGGUGACGCUGACGCGCAGCGCCAGCAGCAACGCGGAGAAGGUCACCUACACGUACCUGCUGAGCAGAGGCCGCUCCGAGGAGAAGAACUACGGGCUGAGGGCUGCAGAGAUUACUUCCCUUCCACCAUCUAUAAUACAGGAAGCAAAGGAGAUCACCUCCCAGAUCAACAAGCAGCUCUGGGAGAAGCAGCAGAGUGACCCCAGGGCUCUGAAGCACAGGGCUGUGUAUCACCUGGCCACACGGCUCCUUCAGGCAGCCAGGAACUCGCGGCUGGACCCCGACAGCCUGCGCAUCUAUCUGAAGGGGCUUAAGAAGCGAUUCCAGGCCGAGCUGCUGGCGGCUGAGGGCCCCGUGCCCAUGAACACGGAGGACUGAACUGCUGCUCAGAAUCGCCUCUAAAACUAUAAACCUCCGAUAGCACAGGCCAUGGGGGGGCAGUAAUGUGGAACCACAGACGCUGACCUACUUCCACCACACCAGAAAUAACUUACUUGUUUUUGCAAAGUUUCGUCCCG